GUAUAUAAGGGGCCGACUGACGGCGGGACAACUCACUGGUCUUCUCGGGUCCACGAGUAAACAGCUCACAAGCCAACCAUGAACUCCUUCGCCGUCGUUGCCCUUCUGGGACUCAUCGCCGCCGCUAACGCCGGUGGUGUCGGCCUCUUCGGAGGUGGAUACGGCGGCCACGGCUACGGCGGCUACGGCUACGGCGGUCUCGGCUAUGGUGGCUACGGCGGCUACGGACAUGGUGUCGCUGUCGCUGCUGCUCCCGUCGCUGUUGCCGCUGCCCCGGUCGCUGUCGCCGCCCCCGCUGUGGCCUACGCCCGCCCCUCUGCCGCCCUCGUCGGCUCUUCCUACGCCAGCCACGUUAACCACGGCGUGAGCUACACCGCUCGCGCUGUCGCUGCUCCCGUGGCCGUCGCCCGCCCCGCCGCUGCUGUCGCUGUCGCCGCUCCCGCCGUGGCUGUCGCUGCUCCCGCUGUCGCUGUCGGUGGAUACGGUCUUGGCCUCGGCUAUGGCGCUGGUCUCGGCUAUGGCGUGGGUCUUGGCUACGGACACGGCUACGCUCUUGGCGGCUACGGCGGCUACGGCGGCUACGGAGGCUACGGUCUUGGCUUCAAGAAGUACUAAGCGGUACCACGUCACUUAGGAAACAAAUACUGAAUGGAUGGUCCCGCCAGAAGACCGGCCCUUGGGACGAGGACUGCAAGAGCGUCCAGCUUGCGUUGGCCUACGCAACGGGCCAAGAGUCAUUGGUUGUUGUCGUUAAUAAAAUGUUUAAGUUAUUGAAAAACAAAAUGCUCUGCGAUUUUGCACUUUCAAGGGAGAGGGAGAGACAAAAAAAGGCACGGUGAACCAUAUUUUUUUGCGGGCAAAACAAGCUCUAGGCACUGUAGCCGCUAGAUUAUAUUAUCGGGAUACGGGCUUCAAGAAAGCAGACACUUGGGACUACUUCAUCCGCGCACAUAUUAUCAUUCAUAGGGCUUCAUUUUCUUUUCUUGGACUUUGGCAGUUCAUACGCGGGAGUUCGGUGGCUUUGUAUAUCCCUUACAUUUCUUUUCCUUAUUUCAUGGCUUGUGUAUAUCCUCGCUUUGCUUGUAACAAAGCUUGGGAAAUAAAUGAAUGCUUCCGAGAA